AUGGGCUGGGCUGAUUCCCAAAAAAGUCCUCAGAGUCCAUCGCCAGAACCUGUUUAUGACAUAACUGGAAAAAGAUUAAAUACACGAGAAAUACGUAAACGACAGGAACUUGAACUGCGGCGGCAUGAGAAAAUCCAAGCAAUUUUGAGGUUGAAUCCUAACUACAAGCCACCAACGGAUUAUCGUCCGCCAACUAUAAAACUUCACGAUAAAGUAUGGAUUCCACAAGAAGAACACCCUGAAAUUAAUUUUGUUGGCCUUCUAAUUGGUCCACGUGGAAAUACACUAAAAGCUUUGGAAGCUGAGACUGGCGCCAAAAUAAUUAUCAGAGGAAAGGGUUCGAUAAAAGAAGGUAAACUUGGUACUAGACCAGGGCCUUUGCCUGGUGAGAACGAGCCUCUACACGCAUAUAUUACUGCAACCGAUAAUGAAGCUAUUAAACGAGGAUGUGAUAAAAUUAGAGAAAUAGUUAAUGCGGCAUUGAUGAUUCCGGAUGGACAGAAUGAACUGCGCAAACUACAACUCCGUGAAUUGGCACUGUUGAAUGGAACUCUUAGACCUGAAGAUGUAUUAAGUGGUGCUCGUUGUAGUAAUUGUGGCAGUGAUCAACAUAAAACUUGGGAAUGUAUGGAAGCUCAAAAUAUUACAGCUAGUAUAGUUUGUACUGCCUGUGGUGGUGCUGGGCACAUUGCUAAAGAUUGCAAAAAUCCCAGGUCUGCGCUAGAUCCAGCGAUGAUUGAUUCAGAGGUUUAA